AUGGCUCGUCAGGCUGAGGCUCGGGCUCGUCGGUCGGCGUACGCCCUCGCUGGGGCGGCGAACGCCCACACUCGGGCCUACGACUAUGCUCUGACGUACGCACACGUUCGGGCGUACGUUUCACUACUGGCUGUGAAGGGCUCAGGCCUCGUGGCUCUCUUGUUGUCCGCGGUUGUCCUUGGUGGGUACGUCCAGUCGCUGAAGAAGGAGGAUUUCUUCUGCAUCAUGGCAAUUGCCGUGAUACAGACAGCCGGGUGA